AUGUCUUGUUCUGAGAAAACGACGGUGGAUCCACUUCUGAAAGAUUUGGAUGAGAAGAAAGAGAGUUUCCGGCGGAACGUGGUGUCUCUGGCGUCGGAGCUGAAGCAAGUGAGGGGCCGUUUGGUUUCUCAAGAACAAUCCUUUCUUAAGGAAACCCAAUCUAGAAAAGAAGCAGAGAAAAGGGGAAAGAACCUGGAAAUGGAGAUGUGUAAAUUGCAGAAGAGAUUGGAAGAAAGGAAUUGCCAGCUUGAAGCUUCUGCAUCUGCUGCUCAAAAGUUUAUCAAAGAAUUGGAGGAAAUCAGAUCACAGCUCAAUGCAACCAAGCAAACCGCAGAGGCAAGUGCUGGUUCUGUUCAAUCUACAGAGGUCCAGUGCUCAAUGCUGAAGAAACAACUUGACGAUAAAACACGUUCUCUCCAAGAACACGAAGACCGUGUGACUCAGCUCGGGCAUCAGCUCGAUAAUCUGCAGAGAGAUUUGGGCCUUAGAGAGUGCUCAGAAAAGCAGCUAAAGGAGGAACUUACUAGAAUUGAGCGGGAAAUAACAGAGGCCAUUGCAAAGGCUGGGAUAGGUAGCACAGACUGCACGCUCCAGAAGCUUCUAAAAGAUGUCUCUCCAAUGAAUUUCGAGAGGAUGAAUAGGCUAGUUGAGGUGAAAGACGAAGAGAUUACAAAAUUGAAAGAUGAGAUAAGGUUAAUGUCAGGUCACUGGAAACAUAAGACAAAGGAACUUGAAUCUCAGCUGGAGAAACAGAGAAGGACGGAUCAAGAUUUGAAGAAGAAGGUACUGAAGCUAGAGUUCUGUCUUCAAGAAACUAGAAGCCAGACAAGAAAGCUGCAGAGGAAAGGGGAAAGGAGGGACAUGGAGAUCAAAGAGAUAAGAGAUCUGAUGUCCGGGAAACAACAACGUAAUGAAGAAUCUUGGGAGAGACAGAAGUUCUGGGACAAUUCAGGGUUCAAGAUCGUUGUUUCAAUGUCGAUGUUGAUGUUAGUCGUAGUCUCCAAGAGAUGA